GCUGCCUUGAAACUCAAACACUUGGACGAGCGUCAGUGGUUUUUUUUUCGAACAUCAACAUUUGGUUUUGGUUUUGGUAGGCAGCGGAUUUCUUCAGACAAAGAGCACGAUGGGGCUCUCCAGUGACGGUAGGCGAUGACGGAGACCCGCUUGUUUUCCUCAUCGGCCAGAACAACAAAAGGCCUACAGAGUACUGUCCCGCCAUCUUCUCGAGCAUAAGUCAUCUUGAAGUUGUGCCACUGCAUUUUUGCACUAGCACGGUAACCGCAGCCUGCACGAGGCCCAGGACACACCGCGACCAUGCCGAACCCUCCGCAACCGCCGAAAAAGCAGAAGGUGCUGCUGACGGCGGAGGAGCCGCGGAGUUCCGGGUUCCAGGCCAUUUUCAAGGCGCCCAGCCAGCUGGGAAACAGCUACCAGACACAUGUCGCGGAGGUUGAGGGGGGCAAGAAGACGGGCAACCUCCAGAUCAGCAAACUCGAUGCCGCCAAAUACAUGGACGCCUACGCGGCGGCAGAGCGCCCGCCAAAGGAGGAAAUACAGAGAAAACAGGUUCGAUACUUGUAUGUUUCCCAAGAAUCAUCUUGCUCUGGCGGGCACGAAAAAAUGUGGAGUAAUAGUCGGGAUGAUUUUCUUCCAAAGCGCAUGAAGACAUGUGUACUCAAAAAUACUAAAACUCCAGGAACUCAUCGGGGACCUCGCUCGGAUGCAGCGGCACGUGGUCGAGCAAGACCCGGAGAAGGACAUUGUUGACCGAUCAGAGAAGCGCGAGAAGUUUCUGCAGAGUCGAAAAAAGCGACACGACGACGCGGUGCUCGACUGCGAGGCGGAGAUCGAUAAGCUGCAUGACAGCUGCACGGAGAAAUUACAAAACUUCUCCAAAAACAUGAAAACCUACAUCAAGAGUCGGGAUGUCGAGGCAGAGGCGAUUUUGGAACCGCUGGAAAAUGAUCUGGAUAAGCUCGGAGAGCAGAGCGAGGCCUGGGUGCAGAACAAACUUACAGAGUUGGAGGAAGGUAGAAAAUGAGGAUUAUCGUUCACAGCAUCUUCUUCGCUUGAGGUAGGGCUUACGUCUCGUCUCUCCGUUUCUUCGCUGUCGUUUUCGAUAUACUUAGUUCUGAGGGCCGAGAUGCUGAUCUGCAUGUUGCGCAGGAAAAAAUUUAUUUUACGCAUGAUGCCAACACGAGUUGUCCCAACAACGCCUUGUACUAUCGCUGCAAAAAUGGUAUAAUAUACUAAACAGGCAUCGCCCAGCGCGAGACGAAGAUCACAGAGUUUCACGUAUUGAGAGGAAAAGUCCCCCCUCCCCAUAUCGAAAAGGUAUGUUUCCGAGAAUUUGUGUUGCUGAUUUGAGACCACAAAUCACGUCUGUCUUGCAAGGAGACAACUCCACAGCCUCUGCCGCAUUAUGCGCGCGGUUUGUGAUGCUGUUGGGCCUACAGCAUGGACGUUUCUCAUGCUAGCGCCUAGGCCAAAGCCUCUCUACUCAGGCUUGGCAGGAGCCUGCAGUCCUCUACUGCAAGACAAACCUGAUUUGUAUAUGCAAACCCAGCAUCAGUCAUCAGAAACUUCCUUUUGGUGUGGGGAGGGGGGAUUUUUCUUUGUGAUAUCACGAGAACCUGCAGGAGUUGGAGAAGUUUCGCAAGCGAGAGGCCCUCGACCAGCUGACGUCGAUGGUAAACAAGUGCACCGCCGCGGCGCACUGCAGUCCCGGCGAGGUAGAGCGGAUUUGCGACGCCAAAUCGCACACGAUCAACUCGCUGACGCUGGAGAACUGCAAGAAGGCCACCGAGGUGUUCACCCGGCUGAAGGCGCAGAACAACGAGAACAGCAAGGUUUUCCGGCGCCGCUGGUACGAGGGGCUGCUGCGGUGGAAGCGGAAGCGACACCAGACCGCUGUGGAGAACGUCCUGCAGCGCAUCGAGUCGCGGGAGUUUCGCGCCUGCCCGGAGUUGGUUUCGCUGCUGGCGCGCAUCCGUGCCCAGCAGCGGGACGUGUUUGAGCAGCGGAAGGAACUGCUGGUCCAGGUGUUCACCACGGAGAUUGACAGUCUGAACUCGAACAAGCUGCGCGGGAUCGAGGAGCAAAUCACUGCGAUUAACGAUCGGACCAGCGAGGAGACCGACAACUUCCUAGUGGAAUUGAAAGAACUGAAGGACACACUGCAGUACAAAAGCGAGGGCAUGCUGAACCAGCUGAGGACGGAAUUGGAGAUGUAUUCGAUUUUUUUUUUUCAGCACAGCCACAGUUUAUUUCGUCUUCAUUUUGGUCACUGUUUGUCAAUGAAUGUCGUCGAUGUGCUGCUGUUUCAUCUAAAGCUAAACCCAAUACUUAUCUCUUGCUUCUCUUAAUCCUGGGUUUCUUGAAAGAAGUUCCUCCUCCUGAAAAGCACUUUUUCCACCCAUCCAACGACCACAGGUACGACGCCCGCACCGAGUGGGGCGACUACGAGUCGGUGAAGGCGUUGGUGGACGGGGAUAUCAAGCCGCACAUGCGAAACUGCCUGAACUGGAUCGAGAACCUGUGCUUGGAGCUGGCCAACGUGAUGCAGACGCUGGACGAGUGGGCGCACCACACCUGCUUCAACCUGAACACGUUCAGCAUCAAGAUCGCGACGCUCCUGGAGCAGUUCAAGCAGCAGCUGCUGGAGUUGAAGGUGAAGCACCAGGGCGAGAUUGACGACUGCAUCCAGGACCACGAGGACGAGAAGAAGCGAAACGAGCAGGACAUGGUGAAUUUCCACGAGCUGAUGGACGACGAGGUGCACAUCGAGGGGCUCGACGUCCUGCUGCAGCAGACGUUCGACAAGCUGGACGUGAUCGCGCAGUCCUACCGCGAUUUCGCGAAGAACCUGCUGGACAUCCACCGGUCCUACGAGCCGAAGAUCCACGCCUUCUUCCGCCUGCAAACGGACCUGUUCAUCCCGCACAUGGCGCUGACAAGAAAGCCCGAGGAGGACGAGCUCGAGGAGGAGGAGGACGAGGAGGGCGGGUCCAGGCCGCAGUCCCCCAAGCAGUCCGGGGGGGAGGAGGAGGAGACGGAGCCCUUCUGGGGCGACGCCCCGGAAAACUUCUCGUUUGCGCUGCUGAAAAAGGUCGAGGACGACCUGUGGCGGCUGCAGCUGGUGCCGAAGAUCGACGAGGAGGGUGAGGAAAAGCACUCGAGCUCCGACGACCCAGAGGAGAAAACCGUCGGCCUGCCCGCGGACGUGAAAAAGGAGCUGGCGCUGGACGACUCGCUGAACCGCGUGGUGCGCAUGCCCAAGUGCGCGGAGGGCACCUGGACGCUGGAGGAGCUGAUCUUCAAGACGCACUUCGUGGAGGACCUGCUGCGCUCCAUGCGGAAGCGGCUGUUCGCGUUCCUGCACGAACACAAGUCCACGCUGGACGACACCGCGCGGGCGGUGCUGAAGGCGGAGGACGAGCGGAUCAACAUGGAGCUGGACCAGACGCUGCGGCGGCACACGAACCGGAAGGGGGAGGUGCAGGUGGACUGGUACAACCCCCGGUACACGAUCAUCGAGAAGCACAAGAACCGGUUUGAGCGGCACAUGAUCACCAUCGCGCAGAAGUCCGCGGCCCAGGAGGACGAGGCUGUGAUCUGCUACGAGAAGGUGGUGGAGGCGGAGACAGUGUACCACGAAACCAUCGCCAUGUUCACCGGGAAGCUGUCCGAGGCACGGAACCUGGCCGCCCUCACGGCGGUGGAGCGGAAGGGCAAGGACUGCUGCGCGAAGUUCGUAGAUGUAUGUCGGAGCAAGGUGGAAACCCUGGAAACGCUCGCGAUUAACGGGAUUCAGUCCUUAGUCCUGCUCAACCGGGACUUCGUGCGGAUGUGCAAGGCGGGGGGCGACAACUACUCCAAAAGCGAGAUCAUCUACUACAAGGAGCAGACGACAAUAUUGAACGACGCGCUGAGUACGAAAAAGGCGGACAGGUAUCAUGGAGAGGUUUUUUCCUGGGCGUUUUGGUAGUUUACGUUGUUGUCAAGCAUGCUUGUGUAGGUGGAUGUGGAGCUAUGAGAUUUUUUUUUUGCAAAAGACUGAGAUGGGAUUGAGAUUCAGUGCGGCUAAAAAACGACUGCCCCCCGAAUGAAUGAACAGGACGUCCCGGCUCGACGAGGAGAAGGCCGCGCUGCCGCAGAGACAGCAGGAUCCGCUCGAGAAAUUUCUGCAAGCGUAUGCGGACGCCGUGGACAAACUUUCCCAAGAGCUGGGUCUCGGGCCGGUGUACGGGGCGCCGCGGCGGCGGGCGCAGGAGGCGUGCCGGACGAUCAUGUCGCGCACCGACACCACGCUAUUUGGGUUGGGGCAGUACUUCCGAUACUUUAAGGACGUGAUGGACAAGAAGGAGGAGCCCGGGCCGCACACACUCAAUUUCCAGCUCCGACAGCAGGAGGUGUGGAAGAAAAAGCUCCCGCCUCCGUCCACGGAGAUGAAGGCCUGCUUCCUCGUGAUCGUCACGGGGAUGUUGAAGCUCGGGAAACACCUGGAGGCCUUCAAGUCGAAAUUCAACGACAAAUACAACAAUCAGGACGACAAGGCGGUCACGGAGUUCUCGAAGCUCGAGGAAAGAAUACUGAACGCCGCGGGUGGGGGCGCAGCGGCGCCCGAUCUGGCCGAGGACGAAAAGCAGCUGAUGGUGGAGGUCAGCGAGAAGCUGCUCGGCGCGAUACCGACCUCGGACCUGUUCACACCGGGAAUCGCGAAAGUGGACCAGGCGGGCAAAGACGCGUACUCGCUUCUGUGCUGUUCUUCGCCAUGAUGAAAACCUGCCUUCUAGUAGCGAAGCAAGUAUACAUUUCAGUAGCUAGGGGACGUACAGAGAAGAUUUUUUUGAAGGUAUAUGCUGCCACCGCCGCCUAUAGGGCAGUGAACCCAGAAUUUGUAUUUUAGAAAUUAUGACACAUCUUCAACAUCAUCAUCGCCAUUAGGUACAAGUCUGGCCUGCCGGAUUUUAUGGCGAAAUUUCUUGCCGAUAUGAAAGUGUCCACCGAGUCGCACCGGCAGAAAAACUGCCGAGAACUCCGGGAAAAGUGCCGCCUCCUGCGGGACGAGGUGCUACUGCAAGUCGGGCCCAGCGCGUUCGGGGAUUUGCUGGAGAGGCAACUUGAGAGCUGCAAACAGGCGAUAAUAAAACUGUCCAAACAAAUGGGCAAAGCGGCGGCAUUGUUGGAGGAAAGGAGACUUUCACACGAACAGAGACUCACGCCCAGCCUUGCAAACCCGAACAACGCACGAAUACUGCAAAAAUUGAAGGACGACGAGGCGCUACGCUACAAGGACGCGUGUGAAUGUAAGUUUAUAUUUUUGAUCUUUUUAGCUUGACAGGUGCUGUCACGGCUAGCCGGAACAAAGCAGCUUUGGCAAGCGCCCCGCCACCUUGUCGAUGGAAAACAACGCAAAUUUCCUUUCCUUGCGUUGACAUUCACGUUCCUUUAUCAUUAUCAUUUCUUCUUACCACAAUCACAGCGCUGAACCGGUUCAAACUCGAGUUCGCGAACACGCUGCAGCGGGAGGCCGUGGCUUUUUUGCACAAGCUGGUUCUGUUGUUCCAAACCCUGGUGCGGGUUCUGGAUGCGGUCCCAAUGCCCACGCACUUCAACCCCCUACCGGGCGAUGAGAACGUACAGAAGGAACGGAUGAGCAUCAAGCGGAGGAAAAGGCGGGUGUUCGCGGGACACGAGGGACCCAUAGAAGUGGACGACGAGAAGCUCCCGCCGAGAACAUGGGAGGGGGUUGCGACCAAUUUGUGGCAACUUGACUACGGGGAGUUCUUUGCCGUCGAGAACGAGUUUCUGCAGGCCAGGAUAAGCGAUCCAGCAGGUAGAAAAAUACUUGAGUAGUCUCUAAGCACAUUCAGAAGCAGAGUAGGUCUUUUUGACUUUCUUGAACACAAAAUGCAGGGCCAGUCUGCACCUGCAGUCACACCCAGUCUCUCGCGCGUUGCGCAACAUGCUGGUUUUUGUUUUAUACACAUACAUAGAUGACGCUCACGCUAUUUCUCUGCCCAUGUUGUAUGACUUCGAUCCUCGCAGGUGCCCCCGCGUCUUUGACUUACACCGACGCGGAGAAGCAGAUUGAGAUUGCGGUGCCCUCUUUUUCCGCUGCCGCAACUACUCCUGUGGAGGAGGGAAGCGUGUUGCAACCCGAACCCCAGCCGUUUCCUGCCGACUCGCUGCUGCAGCACGGGAUUAGCCCGUCUAUCGAAAGCUUUCGCACCGACGUGCACAAGUCGCUGUUUCGGAAAAGAAAUAGUGUGUAUGAGGAAUUCAAAGUGUACUUUCAAAAAGAGGUGCGCGACGUCGGGACGGUGCUCAAGGAAAAACUCGAAAAAGAGCAUGCGGGCGAGGCGAAUUGGCAAAACAUGUGCCAGCAGCUGGUAUCGGGCCUUAGUGAGGACUGAUGUCGUGGUGCCUCGGGCGGAUGAAGAGAGUAUAGAACUUUUGUACUUUCUUUACCUUUCGGCCUUCCCAUGGCCCGGGUUGUUUUUCCCUCUAUUGUAAUUAUGCCCUAGGUACUACUUCAGUCUGUGCCCCAGGUGUAAUUGUGCCCAAGAAUGUCACCAAAUUCGGUUUAUUGUCAACUUAUCAACAAACUUAUCGGCUAAGCUUUUAUUUUACGGUAAUAUGUCAACGCGAACGGGACGAAAAGCAGCAGCCUCUGGGCAGCGGUGGCUCGUUGCAGUCCUGAACAAGAGGUCGCCCAGUAACAGACUGCUCGCUGUCUGGUUUCUGG